AUGCGGUGUGCCCAUGUGCGCCGCCCGCGCACUGUGCCCCUGGCCGUCGUGCUCCCGGCCCCUGCGCCCCUGGCCGGCGUGUCCCCGGCCCCCACAGCCCUGGCCGCCGCGCCCCCGGCCUCAACCUUGCCGGCCAUCGCACCGCUAUCCUUCACGCUGCCAGACCGCGCGUCGCCGGCCUCCCCAGAGUACACACCCUCCAUGGAGUGGUUGUUGUCGGGGCCGGCGCCGCCCAUGCUUGGCGAGGAGGCUGAUUUCCUGGUCGCACUUGCGCCUCCACCACCGCCCCUCUACUGCCCUAUCCAUGGCCAUGGACCAUGCCCUACGCGCGACGGCACGGCACCACGACUUCCGUCUCCAACUCCGCCGGCGACUCCUCCGGGCGUCGACGUCAACACCUCCGCCGGCGACGACCUUGAAGAUAGACGAGACGAGGACGGGGGGCUCGAAGCCGUGCCCCAGGAAGCGCGGAGGAUCCUCCGCCGGUACGCGGCCGCCAUGGCCGCCCAUUGCACGGGGACGGGUGCCGGCGGGUGGAACCCGGCCGCCCUUGGUCUCUCCUCCGUUGAGGGGGGGCCAUCCCCCAAAUGA